AUGAUGACCCAGGUAUGGGAGAACAAGGAAGCUCAACCUUGCGGGAAGCCAAAUGCUAGGUGCAGAAUGAGGAUAGUCCACCCCUACGCUUGGGGGCCACGCCCUCGCCCCAGCUAUCAGUCAGGAAAACGAGACAGACGCGCCCAGAGCCCGGGGACCUAUCGGGGCAAGGCCACUCGUUCUCCGCCCCGAUAUCGAGUGAACUGCCUGGGGUGUAUGAUCUACGGCGUCCAGUCAAGGUCCGCCCUCCUCUGA